GACACUUCAGGCCCCCAUGAUCCACAGGGAAGUUGUUUGGCGUCUCAGGAUAGUGUCCGUCAUGGGGGUGACACUCUCUAGGGCAAUUCAGUGGAGCUCUGAUGCUGAUAAACUAGAGGAUAGCCCUCUGAAUAAUGACUUGCUGACUGAAAUCCUGCUCUUCACGGAGGAGUUCGGCGACAGACACCCACAAGAGGCCAGGGUUAAAUUCAGCGAGCCUUUACAAUGGAAAACAACUCUAGAAGCGUCUGAUUUCAUAUCAGAUUUAUAUGACAUCAGAGAAGAAUCAGUUAUGUCUCUGGGAUAUGAUGAUAACGGACGUUCCCUUCUCCAACUGAGUCCACCUGACAUCACGGUGUACUCAUUUUACUACCUCUCUAACCUUCUGCAACUAAGCAAAGAUAAAAAGAUGGAGGUCCAGAGCUGUUUGGAGGCUAACAGGGAGCCAAUGAAGAAGAUCUUUGGGUCCAGAUCUCCUUCAAUACAUGAAGACGAACUAUUUAAUAUCCUUGCACAGCUGGACGAGAAGCUGCUAAGCAUUGCUGUCAGACCGAUCGCCAGAGAGGGCAGGCUAAGCCCAGCAGCUGUUGAUACGGAGGUAGAUCUGUUGAAGAGAUUCUGUGGAACAGGAGAAAACCGGGUGCUGAAGUCUGUGCGCUACACAUCAGAUUAUGUGUUCUCCAAUGGUUGUCGCUCUCCUCCCUGGAGGCAGAUGGAUGGAGAGAUUUGCUCCCUCAUAAUUGAGACCUGUGACACAGAGCCCACGCUGUUCAUCACUUGCAAUACUAGCGGAGUUUUCCUCGAUGAGGAAAUCAAUGGAGAAGGAGGUGAAAACUCCUAUAGGAGAAGAAGUGAAGUCUACAAAGACCUUGUCACACUGUUGAAAAACACGUCUACCCAUUUUGCUAAGGCUUCUGAUGAAAAGGACUCUGCCAUUCAAGAUGUGCCAUCCACUGAAAAGAUCCUACAUGUGGAAACGGUUGAUGCAGAGGAAACAGGCCAAACCCUGAAGUCUUACGACCAUGAGGAAAAGAAUGUGCUUCAGAAGGCGAGACAACAGUUUGCGCGGAACAAGCCGGGCGGUAGGAAGAAGAAAUUAGAACCAUCUUUGAAAUGGAAGAACCUUGGACUCGUGUCCCCUUAUGAGGAAACAGAGGAGAGGGCCAGAAAAAGCAGAGAAAGCAAGAGGAUUUUGGAAUAUGGCACAAAGUCACCCGCAUCAGAGAACAAAAAAAAGUCAAAUUUUUCUGGAUCGUCUCUGCCAGGCUGCCACUCUUCUCAAAAAAUUAAAACCCCAGGAGGAGCUGAUGACUUCAGCGAGAGUUCAUCAGACGAUGAGGAAGAUGAGGAACAGCCCGAAAGACGUGCGGAGGCCGCCACCGACCUGCCCUCCGAAUACUGGCAGAUCCAGAAGCUAGUCAAAUACUUAAAGGGGGCUAAUCAGACAGCCACAGUGAUUGUUUUGUGCUCUUUGAGAGACUUCAGCCUGGUCCAGGAGAUGUGUCAGCUGGCUAUCAGAGAUGUGGGGGGGCUGGAGGUUCUCAUCAACCUGCUUGACACAGAUGAGAUCAGAUGUAAAAUUGGUUCUUUGAAGAUCUUGAAGGAGAUCAGUUGUAACUCCCAGAUUCGGCGGACCAUCGCUGAUUUGGGCGGUUUGCAGACUAUGGUAUCUAUCUUGGACUCUCCUGACAAAGAGCUGAAGUGCCUUGCUGCAGAGACCAUCGCCAACGUGGCCAAGUUCAGACGGGCCCGCAGGACAGUCCGACAGCAUGGUGGCAUCAAGAGACUGGUGGAGUUGUUGGACUGCGUUCCUGAUGGUGUGUCUCUGAGUAAGGAGCAGGAGAGGGACGUGGAGGUGGCGCGUUGUGGGGCUCUGGCUCUAUGGAGCUGCAGCAAGAGCACCUGGAACAAGGAAGCCAUCCGCCGGGCUGGGGGAAUCCCUCUGCUCGCUCGGCUGCUCAAAUCACCGCAGAAGAACAUGCUCAUCCCUGUGGUGGGAACAUUGCAGGAGUGCGCUUCUGAGAAGAGCUACAGAAUUGCUAUACAGACUGAGGGCAUGAUUGAGGAUCUGGUGAAGAACCUCAGCUGUGACAACCAGGAGCUCCAAAUGCACUGUGCCAGCGCUAUCUUUAAGUGUGCAGAAGAUAAACAUACCCGUGAUCUGGUGCGGCAGUACGGCGGACUGAAGCCACUGGUCGUGUUGCUCAACCAAGCUGAAAACAAGCAGUUACUGGCCGCCACAACUGGAGCCAUCUGGAAAUGUUCCAUCAGCAUGGAAAAUGUUGCUAAGUUUCAGGAGUAUAAGGCACUGGAGAUUCUGGUACGUCUGCUCACAGACCAACCGGAAGAGGUACUUGUUAAUGUAGUGGGGGCUCUGGGAGAAUGUGCCCAAAAAUCAGAGAACCUUGCCAUCAUCCGCAAGAGCGGUGGUAUCAAGCCUUUGGUCAACCUACUCACUGGUACCAACCAGGCCCUUCUAGUCAACGUCACAAGGGCCGUGGGAGCCUGUGCUGCUGACCCUGAGAACAUGGCGAUCAUCGAUCAACUUGAUGGCGUACGUCUUCUUUGGUCUUUGCUGAAGAACCCCAGUCCAGAAGUUCAGGCCAGUGCUGCCUGGGCCAUCUGCCCCUGCAUUGAAAAUGCAAAGGAUGCUGGGGAAAUGGUGCGUUCCUUUGUGGGUGGUUUGGAGCUCAUUGUCAACUUGCUAAAAUCACAGAAUAAAGAUGUGUUGGCCAGCGUGUGUGCAGCCAUUGCCAAAAUUGCCAAAGAUGUGGAGAACCUGGCUGUUAUUACAGACCAUGGUGUGGUUCCCAUGUUGGCCAAUCUCACCAACACUGGGGACGAUAAGUUACGGCGGUACCUAGCAGAGGCCAUCGCCUGCUGCUGUAUGUGGGGAAGUAAUUGUGUGUCGUUUGGGGAGGCUGGAGCCGUAGCUCCACUGGUACGCUACCUUCGCUCAAAUGACCCUUCAGUGCACCAAGCGACAGCCCGGGCUCUGUUUGAGCUGUCUAAAGACCCUAACAACUGCAUCACCAUGCAUGAAAACGGAGUGGUCAAGCUCCUGCUCGUCAUGAUCGGAUCCACGGACGAGAUUCUACAGGAGGCAGCAGCCAGCUGUGUGGCUAACAUUCGACGCCUGGCGCUGGCCAAUGACAAGGCUAAAUAUGGGUAAAAAGUGACCGCAAGCAACACAGAUAUAAUCUUCCUCCCGAUCUCAAACAAAUUUGUUGCCCACUUUGGUACUUUUUACCCCCUGGUAUCGACUCAAUGAGUAUAAAAGGAUCAGCUGUGAUGACCAGCGUGUGUUUAUUUAUAUUUUACUUCAGCUCUGUAAUAAUAGGAAGCAUUUAGCCAAAGCUAAGCAUGUCUUUAAUUAAUUCUUUGGAGUCCACAUAAACCUGGCUCACCCUUG